AAAAAUGUUACAAGUUUAUAUAAGAGACAAAAAGCAGAAGAGAAAGAGGUUGGUGAUAAAAGCCAAAAACUACUCUUCUUCUUUUUUUCCUAAAAGGAGAGACAGUUACUUGAGGAGGUUGCAAAUGAAGGAGAUGUUCAGAUCCAAGUCAUGCAGAGAAGAGAUCAGAGGAAGAAGCAGCAUGACCAACAAGUACCAUUGCUUAACUAGUAAUGGAGAAGCAGCACCAAGCCCAACAAACCAGCUGCCUCCAGUGAUGCUGAGAUCUUACAGUGCAUCAACUUAUAGUCCAUACAAGAAUCCAACGACGGUGAGAGACAGUCCUAACAGUAAAUCAAAGAGAAGCAGUAGCAAGGGGAAGAAAGGGUUAAAGGGUUUGUGUGAGGCAGAGAUUCAGAGGAAGAAGAGAGUGGCUGCUUAUAAUGUAUAUGGUGUUGAAGGGAAAGUGAAGGGGUCUGUGAAAAAGAGCUUCAAAUGGUUCAAGGAGACUUGUUCAAAUGCUGUCUAUGGUUUGUGGUGAUCUGUUAGAGAUAUUCUGCAAAAGGAAAAGAGUAUUAAUCACGUACAAUAUCUGGUUUAAUCAAGAGUGGUUUCAGGAAUGUAUCUUAAUCACGCAAUAAUCAUGUUUAAAUAAGAGCGAGAGACACAAGGCAAAGCAAGUGGUGGCUUCAUUGUUUCUGUUGUCUUUUUCUUUAUAUCAGUUCUUAACUCAUCGUUUUUCAGCUAGAUUUUGAUGUUAACUGAAUGUUAUGGUUGUUUGUAACAAGAGAUUUAAGGCUGAAUCACAUAAGCUAUGAUAAA